GCACGCAGGGUCAUCCCACCUCUGCCAUGUGAUUCUCAUUACAGAGACUUCAGGGGAGCAGGGUUCGGCUGUGGCUUGAGCAACAGAAAAUACAUGAAGAAGCAAGGAAAGGGCGACACUGCCAGCAUCCCUCUCACUUCUCCAACAGGGAGCAGUAGUGUGCAGGUUUACCAUGACUGCCAGAAGGUAGCCUUUAAGAUGUGUCCUGGGAAUGGCCAUGCCACAGAGAAUGGUUCCCACAAUAGGAGAGACCAGGUCACCAACCAUGAUGACACAGGCAAGAUGCCAGACAUCACCUCUAAAAGUCAAGACCAGAGGUACAGCCUUAAAGACGAGAGUAUGAACAGGAACUCCACAUGGACAAUGGAUUCGAGCAGCCAGGCCUACUCGGGGCCAGAAGACAACUCUACAGACCCACAUGAGACCCUGACAGAGACCUCAACUCUGACGUUUGUGGACGCCCACAUCAUGGAGGAAUCAGCAGAGAGUCACAGUCUCCACGGGGUGGGGAUGGUUUACCUGAAGGAGUUUGUGCUGAUAGAUGAUGAUGAUGAUGGAGACAUGUCACUAAGAGAAAAAACUGUGACAGAUUUGUCUGUGAUGGAUGGAAAAGCUGCUGACCUGGUUUGUGGAAGGCUGUUGUCAACAUCCAGCGGUUCAGUGUCAGAGUGUAAGGGGGAAUCUCCAGCUCCUGAAGCACCUCCUCAUGAGGAAGUUAAGACUCCACAUGAAAAGAGACGCUGCUGUUUCUGCACCCUUUUAUGACCAUGCAGGAGGUCACAGGUUUGAAAUCUUCAGAGUCCAAGAUCAGGACUGUGAGCCAUCCAAGAGGUCUCUGUGCUCUGAGCUUUUACAUAUGUUCCUGUUGAGGCACAGGGCACAUGUGCAGUUAUGAUGAGAUACAGUGGGAAAAGUGUAAGAACGUUUCUUUUAUUAAAAAUUUCUUGCAGUGAUUUUACAGAGCCAUCAUGGGACAUCAUAAACAAUCAACCAGCAAAAAUAUUUUUAACCACAGAUUCAUUUGAAUAUGAAAUUUACAGUUUGUAUGUUGAGAGGUUUAGUGCUUCCUUAAUGUGACUGUGUGAUUUAACAUAGUAAUUUUAAGUUUAAAAAACAUAUCACUGAAAAUUUUGAUACUAAAAUGCAUGUUCCUCUAAUAUUUGAUCUAAAUGACAGACUGUGAUACAUAGAAGGUCUUGAAAGAUCAGGUGCUAAUAUCAAAUAAAA